UGCCCAGGGAUGGAACCGAGUCUAUAUAAGCGAUCGCCUACGUGAGAGUUCGUCUUGUCUCUCUCGAGCUUCAUUCAACUCAAGACAUAACGUUGGAUUCUGUGCUGCCUACCUACUACUUUAACUCACCAUGUUUGCGCCAAGAUUACUCAAUAGCGGCAGAUGUUUCCUCCUGCUGCUGGUUGUGAGUGCGACCUUAUUAAUAGCCGAUGGCCAACAACAACACAACAACAACAACAACCGAUCAACGUUGUUGCGGUCCAUGUCGCAAGUUCGUUCGGCUGCUUCCCCCGCAACGACCAGCAGUUCAAAGACCGUCAGACAGGAGCCAUCGAUUCUCGUUGGCGGCGUCAAAUUAGCGCAGGAGCAGCAGCAAGUCGAUCGAAUUUCAACUCCGGAUUUGGAACCACGUCCAACACUCACAAUUCAGCCGGAGGAUCGACUUAAACUCCGGCAAAGCGUCAUGGAUCUUAACAAGAGGAGAAGGGUGACGGCCAUCAAACCGACCAUGUCUCCCGAUGUGAUUUCCACUCCAAACGUGUACCACUUCUUCUCCAAGAAACGUUUCGAACGGGUACGGUCCAACUUGACAGUGACGACAUCACCAACAUCAUCCACGACGGAAGCAUCCGCUCCAGUUGUCACACAAGCUGCUUAAAGUAAAGAGUCUGAGACUUAUCACAUUUUGUCAUAUAAGACCACUGCGCACCGCUGUACAGAUGAUACAAAAGAGAAAGAACGGGAGAGAGUCCAACACGUUAUUGUUCAGCCAGCACAAUGGGGGG